GGACGUUGGGCAUCUGCUGCAUCUGCUUCUCAAUCUCAUCUCUCUUUCCGUGCGAAGGAAGACUGAUCUUCUUCAAGAUAUUCUUCUUUUGCGUUGCAAAAAUAGUUUGUAAAAGUUUGAUUUCAAUCUGCUCAUUGGAUAAGAUAAGAUAAGGUGAAGCUUAUCGGGAUAAGGGACCAUCAAGAAGGUUAGGACGGCCACCACGAGUUGGUUGAUUCAUCAUCUUGCUCAUUGAAUUGAUGAUAACUGCUUAAUCGGGACAACAACGUUUCCGAGGAGGUGACUAUGUUUACAACGAAACGAGAAGUGGACACCCAUGUGAGAGACUUGCUUGCAAAGGUUCAUAGCGAUACUGAGAGAGUCCAAAAGUGCUUCACCAUCGCAAAAUUGUACGCAUCGAUUAAAGAGUUUGAAUCAGCGAAGAGACAUUUGGAAACUUUUCUCAAAGGAAAUCCAAAUUCGGGAGAAGGAUUUAGAUUGCUGGGCGAUAUCCACUGGGAACUUAGCGAGGAAGAGAAAGCGUUGGAAUCUUAUAAAGAGUCGUAUAAACAAAUACAAAAUCGGGAAACUUUGAAUCGAAUUUGCGACCUACUGGCUCAAGGAAGUGGACCAAGUGAAUCGCACGAAUCCCGUCAGAGUUGGUUUGAUUUGCAAAAAACGGCAGAAAUGGAUACCUCGCUGAACGGAAGCUCAUAUUCAAACGGUAGGAUUAACUUCAACAAUGGAAGCGACAUGCCCGGUUCUUAUAACAAUGGUGGUGGUGGGCGAGCCUUUUUGAGUACGCUGAUUAGUCGGAGUUUUGUCCCGUCAACGGGGGGUGGAACAAUGCCCACGCCACUGGGGAAGAGCCCGAUUAAUGGGAACGGUUCAGCAGGCAGACCCCAGCCCAAUUUCCAACCCACGUACAACUCCAGGAUGGCAAAUUCACCUCAAUCUUCGUUAAAAACGCCCAAGCAGCGCAUCGGGAUGGGAACAUCGUGUCCCCAGCCAUCCCCGGAGAGGAUGAUGUUGCAAAUGUCCUACCUAGAGAAAAAGUGUGACGACGUGAUGGAUCGCAUCGCGGAUCAGAAUGUGCAACUUCUCUCAGCUAUCAACAACAUCAAGAUUUCUCUCUCGGGAGAAAUUAAAGAAAUUCACAGUAAAGUGGGGAGCGUGACGAGUCAGCUCCAAUCUCUUUCUUUGACGGGGAACGUAUCCGAAGAGAUUGCAGCACUGCAUGGCGACGUUCGUAAAGCAAGACAGGAAAUUCACGACCUUCAAGCCAUCACGGCAAGUAAUGCGGCGGCAGUGGUUGCUGCUGCGACGACUAAACCGAAGGCUAAAGCAGCCACGAACCCCACUGUGGUAAAGUCACAACCAUCAUCAAUUCCUGCAGUUGUACCUGCUGCUCCUCCUCCUUCGGCUAUUAUUUCUGCCCCUCCGCCAGCUAUUCUUGCUCCUCCUCUGUUCUCCUUCGGUAUGAGCAACAUGAACAUCCCACCACCCACGGCAGCUACUUCGAUUUAUCCUAAAAUUGAGACCAAGGCACCAGAAUUCAAGGGAUUUGGAGGAUUUGGUGAUAACAAGCUUCCCAUUUUUGAUUCAUUCAAAACUCCACCCUCCCUGAAACCUGAUGAGAAAUAUACAACUCCUGAUGCUGCUGAUUCUCCUCCCAAAAAAACUGACGAGCCACCAAAAUUGCAGGCAUUUGAAAAGUUUUCAUUCUCUUCUUCCCCUGGAUUUGGAGAUCUGGCUGCGACCGGAUCCACCCAAGCUUUUAGCAAGCCAAUAGACUUCAAAGGAUUUGGAAGUGGUGGAGCUCUGUUUGGAAAUAUGGGCUCGACUACGCCAACAAAAUCACCAGCAGCGGAGCCAAUCAAACCUAGGAGGAUUUCCGAAGGCGAAGAUGCGGAAGGAUAUGUCUGCACGGCCGAGUUCACUCCAGUGAUUGACCUUCCACCCCUUGUUGAGGUCAAAUUGGGAGAUGAAAACGAGACGGCCGUAUUUGAGCAUCGUGCCAAAAUCUACCGAUACGACUCAUCUGUGAAGGAAUGGAAGGAACGUGGUGUUGGAAACAUUAAAAUUCUGCAGGACAAUGACAAGCCUAGCUCUGUGCGAGUAGUGAUGUGGAGGGAGAAAGUGGGAAAAUUGGCCUGCAAUCAUCGACUCACCGGAGAUAUGAAAAUUGACUUUUAUCAGAGUCAGAAGGUCGUCAGGUGGACUGCUGUGGACCACGCCGAGCAAGAAGCGAGACCUGAGAUAUUCACAUGCAAAUUUGGUCAAGAAGAGAUGUGUGCAGAGUUUAAACGAAAGUUCGAAGAAAUGGUGGACCUAGUGUCAAACACAUCUCCAUCCUCUUCUCCUGCCAGACCAUCGGGUCAAGACACUGCCCCAGUUGUGGCUGAUCAAAGACCGCUCUCCGAAGUGUUCAAGAAACCAGAAGGUAGUUGGGAUUGUGAUGGCUGCUACAGCAACAACCCUCCCAAUACGGAUAAGUGUCUCUCCUGCACCACCUCGAAACCUGGCAGCGUCGUCAAAUCAGAACCCGCCGUCAUAGCUCCAGAAACACCCGCAUUUUCGUUUGGUUUCAGUCUCCCAGCCAAAACAGUCACGGACACUAAAACGCCAGAGUUUAAAGGAUUUGAAAAUAAUAUGUUUGGUGCUGAUUCGUUCAAAACCCCACCCAGUCUGAAAGUUGGAGGUGGUGAGCAAACUCCGAAAACUGAUGAUUCUACUUCUACUCCACAAAAAUUGAACGACCCAGUGAAGGUUAAUCCUUUCGAAAAAUUUUCAUUCUCUUCUUCGCCUGGAUUUGGAGAUCUCGCUGCGAUCGGAUCCAGUCAAGCUUUCAGUAAACCAAUAGACUUUAAAGGGUUUGUAAGUGGUGGAACUUUGUUUGGAAAUAUGAAUUCCACUUCUUCGACAAAUUCACCAGCGGCAGAUGUUACCAAACCUCGGAGGGUUUCAGAAGGUGAAGAUGCCGAAGGAUAUGUCUGCACGGCCGAGUUCACUCCAGUAAUUGACCUUCCACCCCUUGUCGAGGUCAAGUUGGGAGAUGAGAACGAGACGGCCGUGUUCGAGCAUCGUGCCAAAAUCUACCGAUUCGACUCAUCUGUGAAGGAAUGGAAGGAACGAGGUGUAGGGAACAUUAAAAUUCUGCAGGACAAUGACAAACCAAGCUCGGUGCGAGUAGUGAUGUGGAGGGAGAAAGUGGGAAAAUUGGCCUGCAAUCAUCGACUCACCGGAGAUAUGAAAAUUGACUUUUAUCAAAGCCAGAAGGUCGUCAGGUGGACUGCUGUUGACCACGCCGAACAAGAAGCGAGACCUGAGAUAUUCACAUGCAAAUUUGGCGAAGAAAGCAUGUGUGCAGAGUUUAAACAAAAAUUUGAAGAAAUGGUGGACCUAGUGUCAAGUACAUCUCCAUCCUCUUCUUCUGUCAAACCAUCGGGUCAAGAUGCUGCCCCCGUUGUGACUGAUCAGAAACCUCUCUCUGAAGUGUUCAAGAAACCAGAAGGUAGUUGGGAUUGUGAUGGUUGUUACUGCAAUAACCCUUCCAACGCGGACCAGUGUCUCUCCUGCACCGCGUCGAAGCCUGGAGGAAGCGUCGUCAAAUCAGACCCAGAACCGUCCGUCGUGGCUCCAGAAACAACACCUGCAUUUUCGUUUGGCUUCAAUCUCCCAGCCCAAACAGUCACGGAGUACAAAACACCAGAGUUUAAAGGGUUCGGAAAUAAUUCAAUUUUUGGUGGUGAUGCAUUCAAGACACCACCAGGUCUGAAAGUUGGAGGUGGUGAGCAAACUCCGAAAACUGGUGAUUCGACAUCUACGCCACAAAAAUCCGACGACCCAUUGAAGGUGAAUCCCUUUGAGAAGUUUUCAUUCUCUGCUGGAGGAGGAUUUGGCGAUCUCGCAGCCGCCGCAUCCACCCAAGCUUUCAGUAAACCUGUCGACUUUAAGGGUUUCGAUGCUGGUCAGCCCCUCUUCGGAAAUCUGACGCCUUCCACAGCCGUGGAGAAAGAUGGGGAAGGGAAGGAGCGUACAAGAACCACUUCUGAAGGCGAAGAUGCGGAAGGAUAUGUCUGCACGGCCGAGUUCACUCCAGUGAUUGAACUUCCACCUCUUGUUGAGGUCAAGUUGGGAGAUGAGAACGAGACGGCCGUGUUUGAGCAUCGUGCCAAAAUCUAUCGAUACGACUCAUCUGUGAAGGAAUGGAAGGAACGUGGUGUUGGAAACAUUAAAAUUCUGCAGGACAAUGACAAACCAAGCUCUGUGCGCGUGGUGAUGUGGAGAGAGAAAGUGGGAAAAUUGGCCUGCAAUCAUCGACUCACCGGAGAUAUGAAAAUUGACUUUUAUCAGAGUCAGAAGGUCGUCAGGUGGACUGCUGUCGAUCACGCCGAACAAGAAGCGAGACCUGAGAUAUUCACAUGCAAAUUUGGCCAGGAAGACAUGUGUGCGGAGUUUAAACAAAAAUUUGAAGAAAUGGUGGACCUAGUGUCAAACACAUCUCCAUCCUCUUCUCCUGCCAGACCAUCGGGUCAAGAUGCUGCCCCCGUUAUCGGUGAUCAAAGACCUCUCUCCGAAUUGUUCAAGAAACCAGAAGGAAGUUGGGAUUGUGAUGGCUGUUACAGCAACAACCCUGCCAACUCGGACAAGUGUCUCUCCUGCACCGCCUCGAAACCUGGCAGCGUCGUCAAAUCAGAACCUGCCGUCGUAUCUCCGGAGCGGCCAGUAUUUUCAUUUGGUUUCAAUCUCCCAUCCCAAAUAGUCAUGGACGCCAAAACACCAGAGUCGGUGAAGUUGGGUCCGAGUGGAGAUUCUGCUUCUUCUACAACUUCGUUUCGCACUCCACCGGAAUCCUUACCCUUGGAAUGGGCUGAAUUCGACUCUACUAAUUUCGCAUAAGUUUUCAUUAUUGAUUAUUUAUUUCGAUAAUUAAUUAUUCUUGUAUUAUUCUAUUCGCCCGACGUAAUUAAGCAAUAGAAAAUCAACUUUUAUGAUAUUUCUCUUAUUGUAUUAAUAAAUGCAAAUUAAAUAAAAUUGCAUGAGGCUCUGAUAAAAAUA